UACAACACUCCCGUUGUUUCGUUGUUCACUGCUUAAAAGUUAAAGCCAAGCCUCUGGAUCUGUACGUACGACUUCUUCUCCUCCACUUAAUAUCUCCAUUUCCAUUUCCAUUUUCUUUGCUAUGUUUAUCCUCUCUUCCACUCCUCCAUCUCCAUCUUCAACCUCUGCAUUUUCCUUCUCCUUUCCUAGGGUUUCUCUCCCUCCUUCCUCCGCUUCUCUCAACCUCCUUCCUAAGUUUUCCUGCCCCUGUUCGCUCCGCUUCUCCACCUCCAGACCAAUGGCGGAGCUCCUCCAUGAUGAGGACUCCGCCCACACCGCCGCCGCCGCUCUUGCUGCUGCUACCUCCGCCGCUCAAACAAGGAAGGACUCACCUCACUCCCGCGUAUUUCUCCAUGUUCAUUCCGGAGAAGAGCUGCUCUCCUGCAUCAGGAGGGAAGCAGAAGCUGGAAAGCUGCCUUCAAAUGUUGCAGCAGGAAUGGAAGAAUUGUAUCAAAAUUAUAGAAAUGCCGUUAUUGAGAGUGGAAAUCCAAAGGCAGAUGAAAUUGUUUUGUCUAACAUGGCUGUUGCAUUAGAUCGCAUAUUUUUGGAUGUGGAGGACCCUUAUGUCUUCUCACCACAUCACAAAGCUGUUCGAGAGCCUUUUGAUUACUAUAUGUUUGGUCAGAACUAUGUCCGUCCAUUGAUUGAUUUUGGAAAUUCAUUCGUGGGUAACCUUUCUCUUUUCAAUGAUAUAGACGAGAAGCUCCAGCAGGGUCACAAUGUUGUCUUGAUAUCAAAUCAUCAGACUGAAGCAGAUCCAGCUAUUAUUUCAUUGUUGCUUGAAAAGACAAAUCCAUAUAUUGCUGAAAACAUGAUCUAUGUGGCAGGGGAUAGAGUUAUUUCAGACCCUCUUUGCAAGCCCUUCAGCAUUGGAAGGAAUCUUAUUUGUGUUUAUUCAAAAAAGCACAUGUUUGAUGUUCCCGAGCUUGCAGAAAUGAAAAGAAAAGCGAACACACGGAGUCUGAAGGAGAUGGCAUUACUUUUAAGGGGUGGGUCGCAACUAAUAUGGAUUGCACCCAGUGGUGGUAGGGACCGACCAGAUCCAUUGACUGGAGAAUGGUACCCUGCACCCUUUGAUGCUUCUUCAGUGGACAACAUGAGAAGGCUCAUUCAACAUUCGGGUGUUCCUGGGCAUUUGUUUCCUCUUGCUUUAUUGUGUUAUGACAUCAUGCCUCCUCCUUCACAGGUAGAAGUUGAAAUUGGAGAAAAAAGAGUAAUUUCCUUUAGUGGGGCGGGAUUGUCUGUGGCUCCGGAAAUCAGCUUCGCUGAAAUUGCUGCUGCCCAUGAAACUCCUGACGAGGCCAGAGAAGCAUACUCGAAGGCACUGUUUGAUUCCGUGGCCAUGCAAUACAGUUUGCUUAAAGCGGCUAUCUACGGCAGACAAGGACUAGGAGCAUCAACCGCGGAUGUCUCUUUGUCACAACCUUGGGUUUAGUCGUCUAUAAUCAUUUUCAAGAUCAAUUCACUUGAUAAUCAGGUCAGGAGAUAAUUUGACAUAAAUUUGAAGCUCACAGGACGAGACCGGCCAUUAAUUUCGUUCGUGAACUGUAAGAGGAAAUCGAUUCUUUUGCUCAUCGACGACUUGAGGAAAAUUUGUGAUGUACCAGCCAAUCCCUACCCCAAGAAUGUGGUAUAUGYCCAGAACAAAGCUGCCUCAGUGACUUGGCCUCUCCUGGUAAUGUACAGAUGUUUCAUAUCUCUUAGUAAGACUCAUCAUAGUGGUAAUUCGUACUAUUUUUAAAGUGUAUAUGUUUACUGUCAUUUUUAUGUUUAUACGUUUCAUGAAUUAUAUGUUUAGUUUGUAAUCCAGUCUUCUCUCUCUGUUGAUACUAUUCUACAUAGAUCGUUGUAGAAUAAUGAUUUUUUAAAAAUAAAUUGUUGAGUGUU